AUGAUAAACAAACUGGGAGCCCAAGCAAAUUACUUCAAGUUUGACUCCCAUAGUGCUGUAGUACCAAGUUCCGCCACUGCGAGCGCCAGCUUUGUCCGUACUAAAAUGGCUACUUUCACUGGUGCGGAGCGUGCUUGCUGUGUGUUAUUUUUUCAUGAAACAAACUCUGCUACAAGUGUUCAGCGUAGAUUUCGCACAGAAUACGGAAGAGUCCUUCCAAGCAGGCCUUCUAUUUACAGUUGGCACAAGAAUUUUGUCGAGACAGGUUGUUGUGUUCGUCAUGAGAAAUCGCCAUGUCGCCCACAGGUUAUUGAUGCUACUGUCGAACAGAAUUUUUUGAUUCCUCAAAUUGAUGAAGAUGAACAACAGGAUGCUCCUUUCUGCUACCAGCAAGACGGAGCACCACCUCACUACCUAACAGAUGUUAGGGAUUUCCUAAACGGUCGUUUUCCAGACAACAUCGUAAAACGCCGCAUUGAUGAUAUGGCCAAGGACAUUAAAAACCAGGUGGUUGAUGCAAUAAAAAAAUCACCGUUUUUUGCUAUCCGGCUUGACGAGAGUACAGACAUAGCACAAUGCUCUCAUUUGCUUGUAUACGUUCGUUACAUUGAAAAUGAAAGAAUGAAGGAUGAACUGAUGUUUUCUACUGAGCUGUUGACCACUACUAAAGCUGUAGAUGUGAUGGAAGCAGUAUCAGACUUUUUUAAAAAACACGAACUUUCUUGGCAAAAACUUAUUGGUGUAUGCACAGAUGGUGCUCCUUCAAUGCUGGGUUCUCGUUCAGGCUUUGUGCAGUUGGUCAAAGAGAAGAAUGCUGAUGUGGUUGGGAUUCAUUGUUUUAUUCACCGCCAAGCCUUGGCAGCAAAAACUCUUCCUAAUGAACCCAAUGCUGUUUUAAAGCUUUGUAUUAAAGUAGUCAAUUACGUUAAGAACAGUGCAUUAAAUACUCGACUGUUUAAAAUUCUGUGUGAAGAUUUAGGAAGUGAUCACAAAACGCUGCUUUUUCAUACAGAAGUACGAUGGCUAUCAAAAGGCAAUAUGUUGGGAAGACUAUUUGAACUCCGUGAUGAAGUGAUAACGUUUUUGGCACAGUAG